AUGAUAUCUGCAAAUAUAUCCAACAUGUAUGAUAAAAUAAAAGACAUUUCUCUGUCUCUACGCAACUCGCAAGAGGAAUUUCAGAAAAAGAUGGAAGAUCUUUUCAGAAGUUCCUUAAAGGAAAUCACAGACUCCAUUACCAAUGCUUGCACCCGCCCUCACGUUCAACAGCCUGACCAGGCUGAACAAGACAACAGUGGGAAAGAAUCUCGUUCUGGUGCACAGACAUCUUCUUGUGCUGCGGCCGACAUAAUUGAAGAAGCUCUCCGGUUUGCCAAUAAGGAGACAUCCAAUACGUGUGAAGAGUCAAAUGAAGAGAACAUGACAGACGACUUGUCCCACGGCGCUGGUGGGUGUGGGGAAGGUCACGAGACUUUACUAAACCGGGACAUUUCAGAGGAAGACACUGUAAAUAAGCCAAUUUUUCAUACUUGUUUAAUCUUGCUAAUCAUCAUGCCCGUUGAACCUGCCGUUCUUCCUACUAUUAACUCGCCUGAAAGAAGUAUUGAGCCCCCUCCUGACGCCGAGAAAGCAAAUCAGGAAACCUUUGGAAAUGGCCCCCCUUUUCCGGAGCCCUCCUUCUCUAUUGGUCUCACUCAACUUAACAAAGAAAAUGCUCAAAAUUUGGACCAUGUACCACACGAGGACAACGACGAUUCAUUACAGGAAGGAGAUGUCGAUGAGGAAGGUCCUAUACUUAACCGUAAGAGCAAGAGAACCAAAGUUGUGCCAAGGAACCUUGUUGGUGAUUAUCAGUGUGACAUCGGUAUUCUCGCUCGUGCCUGGGAAUCUUACAUUAACGCGAUAUGCAGAACACCUAGCAUUGACUACGCUGCCAAAUUUUCGAAUCUGCGAGAGUUAAUGGAUGGAUCUAAAGUUGUUAUAGAUAUUGGUGGCGCAAUUCUCCAAUCCAGCGAUCUCUCUGCAAUUGUUGAUAGGUCUUCCCAUCUAACUCCUAAGCAAGCCGGAAGACAGCUCACAGCCAAAGAGAUGAAGCCUCUUACUAUUGAUAGGCCACGAGCCAUCUCUCAGAACAGGAAUCUAUUUGAGUCUGAUGUCACCACUGUUGUGCUAAUACAUGCUCAUGCUUUUGGUGGUGUUGAUGUAUGCAAAUGCAUCACUCCGGAAGUUCUUGACACUGAGGUACAACGGAUUGCAGUUAUGAUGUACAACGAAAAUGUAGCCCCCCUGUGA